AUGCCACCCUACCGCCCUAACCUGCCACCGCCUCCGGAGCCGACGCGGACAUACUUCGACCCAUUUAAUUCUUCGUCUACCGGCCACCAGCGCGCCGAGAAUCGGUUGUCAGGGAGCACAUCAUGGCGAGACUCGCGGUCGUACAAGCUUACUCACCAGUUUCGGGACUCAAGCGGCCGAGGUGGCGAUCGUCAUCUGUCUGACCUGGUGGGCGCCGGCAGCGAGAAGUUUGGCAAGGAUGGACGCAAGGAAAACGGAGGUUGGGAAGUGGGCGCCCCAGGUCUGCGUGAGAAGAGAUGGCAGGAUAUCAGAAGCCUCAUGGCUGGCAACCGUAAGCGGUCAUUUCGGAGUCUAGAGGAGGAAUCAGAUGUCCAAGCCAAGCGGCCAAAGUCGAGCGCAGGACCAGGGAGUGUUACCGAAAUCCGUGAUAUCGGGCAACUCAAGGAGUCGGUCGCCACGGCAGGUACUUCACAAGAGACUAAAGACACAACUUCAUCUACGGCACGAUAUCCUCAGAUUUUUCGAGACUUAAAUAUCUACCUGAACGGCUCGACUGCGCCAAUCAUCUCGGACCACAAGCUCAAACAUCUCUUUGCGCAACAUGGGGGCGGAUCUUCCAUUUCGCUGGGCCGUCGGACCGUUACACAUGUGAUAGUUGGGAACAACUGCGGCGGUGGUCUGGCGUCGGGCAAGAUCCAGAAGGAAGUUACCCUGGUUGGUGGCAAGGGGAUCAAAUAUGUCACGGUACACUGGAUCCUCGACAGCAUCGAAAAAGGCAUUCGGCAACCUGAAGCAAGGUACGCGCCAGCGAAUCUACAAGACAGGAUUGGCGGCAGUGGUCAGACGAGCGUGCGAGGCAUGUUCCAUUCGAAGAAAUCAUGA